AUGCAGACCGUGUGGGUGGUGUUGAUCUGCCUUGCUGGAGGGCAGCUGGCAAGCGCCACGCUCUGCAAGACUUAUGGAACCAUCCCAGGCAUUCCGGGGUCACCAGGCCAACCUGGCACCAAUGGCAGAGAUGGGAAGAAUGGUCCAAAGGGCGAGCAAGGUCCUCCUGGACUCGUGGAGCAUGAACAGGACAUGGGUGAGAAGGGAGAUCCAGGAGAACCAGGAUAUCCUGGGAAGGUUGGCCCCAGGGGGCUCCCAGGUUCAAAGGGGCUGCCAGGCCCCAUGGGACCCCCUGGCCCCCGGGGAGACACUGGUGACUACAAGGUCACCCUCAAGUCUGCCUUCUCUGCUGCCAGAACCUUCAGCUCCUUCCCACGCCGGGACUACCCCAUCCGCUUUGACCGCAUCAUCACCAAUGAGAACAGACACUAUGAGAACCGGUACGGCCGCUUCACCUGCCAGGUCCCUGGCGUCUAUUACUUUACCUACCACGUCACAUCCAAGGGCAGCCUGUGCCUCAGGAUGAAGAAGGGACGGGGUGGCAGCAGGGACGAGAAGGUGGUGACAUUCUGCGACUACGUGCAAAACAGCUACCAGGUCACCACGGGGGGUGUGGUGCUCAGGUUGGCAGCCAAUGAGUCUGUCUGGUUGGAGCCAACAGAGAAGAACUCUAUCAUGGGGAUUGAAGGGGCUGACAGCAUCUUCUCUGGGUUCCUGAUUUUUCCUGAGGUUUAG